GGACUUUGGAUUGUUUCCCACACAGACGUUUGGGCUCCGCCGGUCCAGAGCAGGCUCAAGAGAGCACACCUCCACCACGUCGGAGACUUUAACGGUCGUUCAAUGGGGGGCGUCACGGUUGCUUCCGCUCUGCUUCUGGUGGCGACGGCGUCGCUCCUGAUGAGCUCCGGCGUCCAGGCCGGAAAGAUUCUGGUGUUCCCGGUGGACGGGAGCCACUGGGUCAACAUGAACCUGCUGAUCCAGAGCCUCCACGCCAGGGGCCACGAGGUCACCGUGGUCCGCACGGCCACCAGCUGGUACAUCAAAGAAAGCGCUCCGCACUACCGCUCCCUCACCGUCGCCUUGCCGUCGGCCAUCAUCAUCGAGCAGGAGGACUUCUUUGUGAGCUUCGUGGUCAAGAUGCUGGCGAUUCACAAAGAGGGGGCGACUCUCAGCGGCUUUGUGAAGUUCUACUGGGAGAUGCUCGGCACGCUGUCGAACAUUCACCAACAGGCCAGCAUGCUGGCCGUGGAAAUGUUCGAGAACAAGACUCUGAUGCAGAGUAUUCGUGACACGCAGUAUGACGUGGUUCUCCUGGACCCCGGGUUGCCGGUCGGAGUUCUGGUGGCUCACGAACUUAAGCUGCCGACGGUUUUCAACGUGAGAUGGAUCACCAGUGGGGAGGGACAUUUCGUGGUGGCUCCGUCUCCAACAUCCUACGUUCCAACGUCAGGAUACGCCGUAUCAGAUAAGAUGAACUUUGGGCAGCGGGUCAAGAAUACAUUCCAGUAUGUUAUCAACAUGUGCAUUGAUAAGUUUAUAGUAUGCCCUCAUUAUGAUAGACUGGUAGAUCGGUACUUUGGUCCAGACGUGAACUUCUAUGAACUUCUACAAGGAGCCGACAUCUGGCUCAUGAGGGUGGACUUUGUCUUCGAGUUCCCCAGACCCACCAUGCCAAACAUCGCCUACAUUGGUGGUUUCCAGUCAAAGUCUUCUCAGCCUUUAUCUUCAGAGCUGGAGGAGUUUGUUCAGAGUUCGGGAGAGCACGGCUUCAUCCUGAUGUCGCUUGGCACGCUGGUGAAUGGCCUCCCGGAAGAAAUCACCUCUGAAAUCGCUGCUGCUUUUGCCCAAAUUCCCCAAAAGGUCAUUUGGAGGCAUGCCAUGAAGCAGCCCCCCAAGAAUUUGGGCAACAACACCCUCCUGGUGAAGUGGAUGCCCCAGAACGACCUCUUGGGUCACCCAAAGAUACGCGCCUUCGUGGCUCACGGUGGUACCAACGGGAUCUACGAAGCCAUGUACCACGGGGUGCCGAUAAUCGGCAUGCCGCUUCUGUUCGACCAGUUCGAGAACGUGUUGAGGAUGGAGGAGCGAGGCGCCGCCAAGGGGGUGGAUGCCACCCGACUCACCCGUCACAGCUUUCUGGAAGCGAUACAAGAGGUUCUCCACAAUCCCUCCUACGCAACUAACAUGAAGCGCCUCUCCGCUCUCCAUCGGGAUAAACCGAUGCAUCCUCUGGAAACGGCCCUUUACUGGAUUGAGUUUGUCAUGAGGCACAAAGGAGCUUCACACUUACGCACUGAGUCCUACCGGAUGCCCUGGUACGCCUUUCACUCCGUGGAUGUCGCCUGCUGUCUGGUAGCAGUCUUGUUGAUGAUGACGGCCGUCGUUGUGGCGUCAAUACGAUUCCUUUGCCUUCGACUGUGCGGGAGGAGAAAAACCAAAAAGGAGUAGUUAGUUUCUGACUCACAUUACAAUGAAUACGUCUUGUUGAGCAACAGGGCUGGCGGUGCUCUCUACGGCACCGCCAGAGUCGUGCCGUUGCUCUAGCUGACGGCAUCAUCGGUCUGAUGGUGCACCACUGUGGUUCGGACUGAAAGCACUUAGCCACUAUUGGAUGGGUUUCGAUGCAAUAUCGUCAAGACCAGGGGCGUCAAACUCAUUUUGACCGUGGGCCACAUCAGCAUCAUGGCUGCCCUCUUAAAGGGCCGGAAACACUUUAUAAACUACUCGAACAUAUUGUUAAAUAACUCUCUUUGCAUAUGAUUAUUGUUUAUUUGAGUGUAGAAAUGUUAUGCAUAAGAAAAUGUCUUUAAUAUUACAACAUUAAUCCAUUUAAUUUGAAACCUUCAAAAUAAAAGCACGGGAAAUGUUUCUUCAAUUUCUUUAAAAAAUGUGAUCACGUGUCUUUCAAGCUGUCUGGGGCCACAUGAAAUGAUGCGGCGGGCCGGAUUCUGCCCGCGGGCCUUGUGUUUGACACCUGUGGUCAAGACAAUCACGCUCCUCAGGGCAUGCAUCGUCAUCUGUUUGGUGGUUUAUGUUUUUGAGUGAAUUGCCUUUUGAUCGAUUGGCGUUAAAUAUUCUGCAGAUGUUUAUGGUGCCAAGAGGAUAGUUCCUAAUUGUUAUUUAUAUUCCUCUAGCAGCUUCGCCAACACUAUUACGUUCUCAUUCAACGGCCCUCAGCCUCGUUUUGGACCCGUCCUCAUCCAACCUGACCGCCGUUGACUCAUUUGAAUACCUCAGAAGAUGACGAAAUGUUCCCCUCGAAACAAAUUUAAAAAUGCAGUUUUCUUGUGUGGGAACUUCAUUUUUAGGAGGACGGGUCGGAGUGAAAACCUCAUCAUCUAAACAGAUUCAUGGUUACAAACAAACAAAUGAGAUAAAUGUAAGUGAGGUCAAGAUGCUUAACCUGUUUGGGGACGAACGUGUAAAUGCUUUAGAGCUUCUAAAUAUCACAAGUCUAAAGUGUCGGAAACAUUUGCAUAUUGUUAAUUAUUGCAUUCGUCAAAUGUAGAAGUAUGUGGAUGUGUGUGUGUGUGGAUCAACUUUAUACUACUUCCAAAAGCUAAACGUAUAUUUUUAGUUUCACUAUCAUUGUUAACUAAGUGUUUAAAUGGUGUAACUCAACAUGUCCAAAAACACACACUCACCUGCCUUAUUUCAUGGUUGUUGAUCAUCAUUUCAAAAUAAAAGCUCUGACUUCA